UUUAUUUUUCUUCGACUCGUGCGGUUUACGUCAUGGACGUAAGAAUAUUUUUACGUCCAUGGUUUACGUAGUUACACGUUUUGCGAUUGAGGUUAGACUAAGAUGGCGUACACUUCUCCGGUUAGGGUUUGGUGCAGUGUUGUCAACUCCAAGCCUGUGAAUUAUAGUACAGUCGGGCCAAAAUUAUAAGGGCGCGUCUUUAAUAUACCAACAUUGGUGGAUAUGCCGAAAAGGGUGAAGUUCGUGGAUGUCGCUUGUGGCUUUGAUCAUACCAUCAUUCUAGCCGACAACGGGAACGUCUACUCCAUGGGAAUGGGAACGUUAGUUGCGCAACCCCCGUCAAUAAUUUGUCAUACUCGUGGUCAAUUAGGACAUGGUGACCUUGAAGACUGCGAUAAUCCCAGGCUUGUCGAGGCUUUGGCCGGACUCAGGGUCGUUCAGAUUGCUGCCGCUGGUUGGCACAGCGCUGUCGUCACCGAUCAGGGUGACGUGUACACGUGGGGCUGGAACACUAAUGGACAACUUGGAAUCCCCGACAAAGAUACAAAGAUUUUCGCUGAACCGGCAUUUGUAGAUUUGAAAAAUGAGGCAGGCGAAAGUUUGCCGAUUCAUGUUAAGAAAGUCGAGUGUGGAAACACUUUCACGAUUUGCAUGUCGGAAGACCAUACACUUUGGGGAUGCGGCUCGAACAAAUAUGGACAAUUGGGUGUACCUCGAAAUAUUACCAAAGAGUUGAAGUCCUUCGCAAGAAUCGAUCUUAAUUUGCAUGGGAAGUUUGUGAAGGAUAUCAAGUGCCAGGAAUGGGGAACGUUGGUGAUAACCAAAUAAGUUCUUAAGAGUUUCAUAAAUGGCAAAGUAUUAGUCUUCAAAGCUGCACUUAUAAGAAUAUUUAUCAAAACAGACGGAACUAUUCCUAUAAAGAAUUAUGUAAAUUGUCGAAGAUGUAAUCAUUCUAGAGAAGUAGACCCAACGAAAUAAGUGUCGACGAAUUGUCCUGAUAUAUAAAAAUAUUUUUCCGUUUAUUAUACUCAUAC